UUGUGCGCAUUUUCUAAUAGCAUGGCGGACACGUUUUAUUUUAUAUAUACAAAGAACGUUUCUAUAAAGAAGCCAAUAAUUAAUUGAAUAGUAAGUGAUUGAUAUUACGUUUGAUAUUACAUAGUACGCUACGAUUUUAAUGCGAUAACAUGCCUAAAGAAUUUGUACAUUCCAUCAAAGUUCCAAGACUGUAUAAGUCUGCUGCUAAAGUCAUUCAGGAAGUUCGUGAAAAAGGUGGCAGUCUCAAAUCAUUGAUUUAUAAUCAAAGACAUCCUAAUAAAUCCGCAAUAUAUUCCUUGUGUGUCAAAACGUUGCAAAAAGAAGGACAAAUAGAUAACCUAAUAAAUAAAACUAAUUUAUUAAUGAAUGAGCCUCGUUUCGAUGCAUGGUUAGCAAAAAUCUUGAUAACAGAAUUACUUUGGGGCAAAAACGCCUUGAAAACUGACUGUAAACCUAUUAAAACUAUUCUUGCUUAUGAACAAAAAUUACGAGAAGAAUUAAACAAUAUUGGUGUUGAUGCAUUUCCAACAUCUCCUGAAACAGUAAAAAAUGCAAGGUACGUUCGUAUCAACACAUUGUUAGUGACACUAAAAAAAGGAAUAUCUUAUUUUCAAGAAGAAGGAUGGUCUUUAAUGCCAAAAUGUUCGAAUUAUAUUCAGCAUUUAAAUGUUGUAAAAAAUUUAAAAAAGCCGAAUUUUAUUCAGGAUUUUCAUAUAUCGGAAAUACUUGUUUUUCCACCUGAUACAAUUUUCUUUGAUCAUCCUGGCUAUCAAAAUGGAGAAAUUAUUUUACAAGAUAAGGCUAGCUGUCUUCCUUCAUAUUUAUUAAAUCCAGAACCAGGAUCUAUAGUACUUGAUAUGUGUGCAGCUCCUGGAAUGAAAACAUCUCAUUUAGCUGCCUUAUUGACAAACACAGGAAAAAUCUAUGCAGUGGAAAAAGAUGAACACAGAUAUAAAACAUUAUGUGAACAAAUUAAACUCACAAACGCUUCUUGUGUUGAAACUAUUAAUAAAGAUUCAUUAACUUUAGAGACAAAUGAAUACUCUAAAGUGGAAUAUAUUUUAGUUGAUCCAUCGUGCUCAGGUUCAGGUAUGUUGGAUAGACAAAUAGUCUAUGGUAAAGAAAAAAGAGAUCCACAACGUCUUAAACAAUUACAAGCAUUUCAAGUUUUUCUUUUGCGACAUGCUUUAUUAAAUUUCCCAAAUGUAAAGAGGGUUGUUUAUAGCACUUGUUCUACUCAUUCUGAAGAAAAUGAAGAAGUAAUAGAUGAAAUUCUUGAAAAUGUACAAAAUGCGUACGAACUUGUUCCAGUUAAAAAAUUAUUGAAUGAUGAAUGGUUGAAUUUUAGUUCGAAGAAAUAUAAAUGUUCAGAUAAAUGUCUUUAUGCCAUUUCCGACGUAGAUAUGUGCAAUGAUUUUUUCGUUGCUGUAUUUGAACGAAACUUUAAUAUAUCUUUACCUAAAUAUAAAUCUAAAGAGGACAAUGCAUCAAAUAACAAAGUAGAAGAAGUUGAAAUCUUCAAUGAUGAAAAAACUACAACACGAAAGCGGAAGAAACGUGGAAAAAGAAAAACGAAUCAAGAAAAUUCUAAGGACGAAAAAAUAGAUGACAGCAUCAAGGAAGUAAAUAAUGAUAAUGAUUCUUCUCAAAGUGAUGGCGAUGAAUCUUCUCAAAAUAUUGACAUUGAUUCCUCUCAAAAUAAAUUUUCUCAAAGCAAUAACAAUGAACUUUUUGAAAAUGAUACUAGUGAAUUUUUUCAAAAUAACAAAGUAGAAGAUAAUAGUGAUAAACUUUCUAAUAAUAAUGAUAGUGAACCUGUAAUUAAAAAAAAGAAAAUGAAAAUUGGCCGGAAAAUAAAAUCUCAUCAAAUACGGCGAUUAUCUAUUCAUAAAAAACUAAAAUUGUUAAAAAAAAAAAGGAAAACUCUUUAAAAAUAUAACUAAUAUUUCAUUAUUAUUCUUACGUAAAAUAUUUAGAAAUAUUUUAUAUUUCAAUUGCAAAAAUAAUGAUAACAUAUAUUGAUGAAUUAAAAAAAGAAAUAUAUAUAUA